AGUAAAACCUCAGCUGCAGCCAUGGCUGGGAAGCCCAUGCUUCACUACUUCAAUGGCCGGGGCAGGAUGGAGUGCAUCAGGUGGCUCCUGGCUGCAGCAGGGGUGGAGUUUGAAGAGAAGUUUAUAGGAUGUCCAGAAGACUUGGAAAAAUUAAUAAAAGAUGGGAGGUUGAUGUUUCAGCAAGUGCCCAUGGUGGAGAUUGACGGGAUGACGCUGGUACAGAGCAGAGCCAUUCUCAACUACAUCGCCACCAAAUACAACCUCUACGGGAAUGACGUGAAGGAGAGAGCCCUGAUCGACAUGUACAGAGAGGGUAUUUUUGAUCUCACUGAGAUGAUGCUGCCAUUGGUCAUAUGUCCCCCAGACCAAAGAGAAGCCAAGAUCUUGUUGGUAAAAGACAAGAUCAAAAACCGAUACUUGCCUGCCUAUGAAAAAGUAAGUAGGCUGUUUGAAGUCUGGGGACACUGUGUUCCCAGGACAGGAGAAAGGCAGAGGUUGGGAGCGACAGGGUGCUGCCGUACUGACCAUCCAUGA